CCCAUCUCCAAAAGUUUAUCUCGUAUACGUUGUGAAAAUACUCCCUCCGUCCUCUAUUAGUUUAUCCCUUUCUUUUGCACAUAGUUUUAGAAGAAAUAAUGUUGUGGGUCAUACAUUUAAACAAUUUCUAGUUGCUCACAAACCAGAACAUAGUACAGUACAUACUCAUCCAGAUUCUAAGAUGAGAGAGAAAAAAGUAGAGAGAGAAAGAGAAAAGAAAGGAGAAAAAAGCCCCAAUUCCAAGUUCCAAAACCCUAGCCAUAAAAGAAAUCCCCAAUUCAAUUUUGAGAAAUCUUCUAUCAUCAACCAUGAUAAAUUGCUCUUAGUUAUUCUUUCUAAUAUCCUGUUAGCAAUUCAGAUUGCAAAUUUCAAAAUUUUUUGCCCAAAAAAAGUCAUUCUUCAGGAAAUAAUUUUUACUCAUGAUGAGAUUGUGAUUUGUCGAAAAAAAAAAUCAGAUUAUGAGAAUUAUUCUCAUCCUCACUUGUUAGUACAAUUCCGAGCUUCUUCACCAUUCUUGGGAUUCAGAGUUCAAUCAUUUGAUUGGAUUAAAGGAUUCAUCUUCCUUCCAUUCAAAUUUAAAGUUCGAGUCAUGGCUAGGGUUUUUCGGGGUUCUCGGUAUUGGGUUCCUCUUUCAAUGAUUGGUGUGGGUCUUUGUUUAAUGUUUUUGGUGUUGGUUUUCUCGAUUCCUGCUGAAGGGUUGAUGUCCUAUGUCUCACCCAAGCCUCCUGGCUGUCGGGUUUUGUUUGGCGUGGUCUGCUGGUGGUUCUGCCACCGUGUGGCUGCUACUAUGGUGGUGUGUGCUAGAGCCUUCAUUGAAGUCAUUAGAUUCUAUGAUUUCCAGCUUUAUCACUUGUCUGCUAUUCAUGGUGAAGUUGGUGAAUUCAAAAAAAUUUCACUUUCACAUAAAGCAUCCUAUUUUGUUCAAUUAGAUCAGGCAGGUUCAUGUAUUGUGAACCAUAAGAAGAUUCAAUGGAUGUUUUCCUCUUCAGGAAACAUUGUUAAGGUAAAGGUUCAUCUCGUGUUCAGCCUCAAAUGUGCAGGGUUUAUAGUUUCACAAGAUAUGACAGUUUCACCUUGUCUCCAGGAUUUUGUUAUCAAUGCUCAUAUUAGUGAAUGUUUGUGCCACAUUCUUAAAGUAUGUCUUAUUAAUUCUUUAGCCCUUCAUGCUAGUCAACUUCAGGUUUGUGUGAUUUAUUAAAUAAGCAUGAUUGCUGGCUUUUGGAACAUAAGAGGGGUGUUAAAAAAGAACUCUUUGGUUGAUAUUCGAGAUUUUUGUAAUAGUAAUUCCAUUAAGGUCUUCAUGAUUUGUGAAGUUAAGUCCCAAGCUCCCCCCUCCCUUAUUACAGCAAAUCAAUGUGGCUUUCAAUAUGUAGAUUUCGUGCCCACCUUAGGCCUAGCAGGUGGGCUUUGGUUAUUUUGGAAGGAUUGUAAUCAGUCUCCCUUUAAUUUAGUAGUCAUUCAUAAAGCUACUCGAUUUAUUGCUAGUAAUAUUACUCUCCUAAAUGAAAAUAUUUCCUUUAUAA